AUGUCUUCAAGCCUCAUGGACACCGAAGCUGGCGGCGAGCAGACACAAUAUGAAGGCAUCUCCACGCAUCAGGAGCCUCACUCGAAGCGCGGCGGUCAAAUGGGCAACGCAGAAACAGAGCCCGACUCCGUGUCAUCAGUCCAAGACGCAGAGAAAGCCGAAAAAGGUGAGAAGAAGGCGGAGAACAUAAGAUAUGGACAAGGCAUCUCUGAGGGAGGUAUGGGUGGAAAGACUACAGAGAGUGAAGGUACAGGGAACCAAGCUUCCAGUUACGGCGCUUCAAAGUUCCAAGAUGAUUCGCAGUCUGCGGAGGAAACGAGAGAGAUCCAGGGUUAUGGUGGGGGUAGCGGUGUUGGUGGUUGA